AUGUCUAAUAGACCAAGAGGACCUAGACAACAACAACCAUAUCAAAACUACCAUCACAAACAAUCACGUCAAAGACAAUCCGAUUAUAGAGAUAGAGAUGAAUAUUAUUCAAAUAGUAGAAAUUAUAAUAGUGGACCACCAAAAGGUCCUAGAAACUUUCAACAACCACCAAAAAGACCUCUGAAUUUCCCAACUGGUCCAUCAAAUAAAAGAAGAAGAGAUGAUUCAUACAGCAGUAGAAGUUCAUAUAUUCCAAAAGCACCACCAGAAGAAGAUCAACUUGAACAAAGACAAAUAUAUUCAAUAACUUCAAAAUCAACAUCAUUUGAAAAAAUAAAACAAGUUGGACAAGGUACUUAUGGUAAAGUUUAUAAAGCAUCAAAUACAAUCACCAAGGAAAUUGUUGCAAUGAAAAUGUUAAAACUAGAAAAUGAAAGAGAAGGAUUUCCAAUAACAGCUAUAAGAGAAAUAAAAUUAUUACAAUCAUUUGAUCAUCCAAAUAUAGUAAGUUUAUUAGAAUUAAUGAUUGAAAAAAAUUAUAUAUAUAUGGUAUUUGAUUAUUUGGAACAUGAUUUGACAGGGUUAUUAAGUCAAGUCGAACUAAAUAAUGGUCAUAGAAAAAAUUUAUUUCAUCAACUAUUGGAAGGAUUAAAUUAUUUACAUAAAAAAAGGAUUAUUCAUAGAGAUAUAAAAGGUUCAAAUAUUUUAAUAGAUUCAAAAGGUAAACUUAAAAUAGCAGAUUUUGGAUUAGCAAGAACUAUACAAAUUGGAGAAGUACAUGAUUUUACAAAUAGAGUUAUAACAUUAUGGUAUAGACCUCCUGAAUUAUUAUUAGGUGCAACCAAUUAUAGUACUGAUGUUGAUAUAUGGGGUAUAGGUUGUUUAUUAUUGGAAUUAUAUACUAAAAUUGCAGUUUUCAGAGGGAUGGAUGAAAUAAGUCAACUACAAUCAAUUUUUAAUUUAGUUGGAACUCCCACCACUGAAACUUGGCCACAAAUUGCUUCCCUUCCAUGGUAUGAAAUGUUAAAACCGAAAAUUAAUAUAACUUCAAAACUAAAAACAAAAUUUAAAGAUAUUUUGGGAGUUGACGCUUUUGAAUUAGCUGAAAAUUUAUUACAAUUAAAUCCAGAAAAAAGAUACAGUGCAGAAGAAGCUUUAGCACAUGUAUAUUUCAAAAAUGAUCCUCAACCACAACCUUUGGAAUUCUUGGCUGAUUUCAAACAUGAAUGGCAUGAAUUUGAAACAAAGGAGAAAAGACGAGAAGAAAGGAAAAAACUAAAAGAGUUGGAAGAUGCUGCUAUUUAG